GUUUCCAUGGACAUACUGUAUCAUCGACGAAACAGCUUUUGACGUGACGAAUUAUUCUUAUUUCAGUGUAAAGAACGAAAUGGCCGAAUAUACGAAAAGAAGAAGUGGUUCCUUGAGCUCCUAUACCGCUCAAGAACAGAGGAAAAGGGAGAGCCAAGAACGUAAAAGAUCCAUCCUGUAUCUCAUCCUCGGUUAUUUGAAAGAGUGCAAUUUGAAGACAUCCUACGAUGCGCUCAAGACAGAGGCGCAGCUCAACGAUCAAUUUACCGUCUGCGAUAAUGUGGACUUGGACAUAAUUCUUCAAGAAUAUCAAAGCUACUACAAUAUGAAAUUCCAAAAGGAGCCCCAAAUUAUCAGGAGGACGUCACUGGAUGAGAAAGCCACGUUGGGUUCUUCGUCGCAGAAGAACCUAUCUGCUAGCAGAUUGAGAACCCCAGAACAGAAGGAGAAAGAAAUAGAAAGAACAAAAAGCUCAAAAAGAAAAGAGGACGAUUUUCAAUUCGAAAUAAUCUCUAUCGAGUCUCAAGAAAGGAUUCCUACUGCUGGAGGACGCAGGAGGAGUUCGCAGAUUUCUGAACAAGAGAAAAAGCAUUUGUCCGAUUUUUCAGGAUACACACCAGAAUGGAGAGAAAUGGCCGAUUUAAUCAUGAGAGAUAUUGUGCCAAACACAUUGGGGUUUUCAUGGCACGACUGCAUUGGUUUGGAAAAACCUAUUGAACUACUCAAAGAGGCCACUAUAUACCCACUGGUCUAUCCUGACCUCUUCAAGAACCUUAUGCAAAGUUGGACCGGCGUUUUACUUUAUGGCCCGCCAGGAACAGGUAAAACGCUUCUUGCCAAAGCACUGGCAUGCGAAAUCGAUGCAACAUUUAUAAAUGUUACCAGCAGCUCCUUUGUCAGCAAAUGGAGGGGAGACUCGGAGAAAAUGAUCAAGGUUAUGUUCGACUUGGCCAAAUAUUACGCGCCAACAACAAUUUUCAUCGAUGAAAUAGACGCUCUGCUAUCAGAAACGAAAGAUACAAACCAUGAAGCCUCUUGUAGAUUCAAAAGCGAGCUCUUAGUUCAAAUGGACGGUCUCUUAUCCUCCAACGAAUCAGUCUUCCUGUUAGCUACAACCAAUCAUCCUUGGAAACUGGAUAAAGCGCUGCUGAGAAGAUUCGAGAAGAGAAUACUAAUCCCCUUGCCUAACGAAGAUGCCAAAAUAAGGAUGCUGAAACAUUACGCCAACUUGAAGAGCGAAAACAAAAACGAUUGGAACAACCUGAUGCAGCUAACUGAGAACUUCUCCGGAUCGGAUCUGAAAAGCGCAUGCAAAGAAAUGGGUAUGAGUUUGGUUAGAGAACAGCUCAGGAGUUUGAGUAAGACCAAAAAAAUUGGGGCACCCAGAAACGCUACCAUUGAAGAUUUAACCACUGCUUUGAAGUCGGUUAAACCUACGGUAAAUAUGGAUUACUACAACAAAUUGUCAGAGUGGAACCAGGAAUAUGGCUCAAGAUGAACAUGACUGAUGUAAUUUGUAAAUGUAUACAAGCACAGAAAGAAAAUAUAUAUUUUUUAUUUUUUGCCCCAAAAAGUAUUCUAAAGAUUCUGGAAAUUCAAGUGAUCAAUUUUGAUUAAGAUGGUCGGAAAACUAUAGAAAAUGAGUAGAAAAGAUGCAAACAUACAAUUUUUGAAAAUUUCAGGUAGAGUAGAGUAGUGUAGAGUAGAGAAGUAUAAAGUAGAGUAGAGAGAAUUAGU